AGUCGUCCCAGAUUUGUUUGGCUACAACAGCGUCAGAGUGUUUGUCUUGGCACAAAGACACACUCUCUGAUUUAAAGCUCGGGGCAAACUGGACACAUAUUGUCUUUCUUUUGCAAACACACCGAAAAAGACAGCAUGUUGACGGGAAGCCAGACCAUCCUCUGCCUGGCCUUGGCCGCCGUGACGGGCUCGUCGCUGGGGCUUGGUGAGGACAUGGACCGGCCUCUCUUCGGUCCUCCGGGCUCUUCUAUCCGGCUGAUGGAGUCCGACCCCGGCUUGAAAAAGGCUCUGCGGUUUGCCGAGGAGCGAUACAAUUUGGGAUCCAACGCCAUGCACCUCCGUAAAGUCAGCAAGCUCAUCGCUGCCACCAAACAGUUGGUUAAGGGUAUCCGGUACAGCAUAACAGUGGAGCUGAGUAACACGCAGUGUAAGAAAUCAGCUAUGCUCCGGACUUGUGACUUCUAUCCUGAACUCCAUAAACUGAAGACGGAGGUUUGUGUCUUUGAAAUUUGGGACAUACCCUGGCAAGGAGUUUCAACACUGGUCAAACAGAAGUGCCAACCAAAAGCUGGACCAGAAGAAACAGCCGAAGCCGCUUCCCCUCAGCGUCCCCUGGAGGAGGAGUCUGUAGAGCUGCUGGGUCUUUUCAAAGACUUUGUGGUGAAAUACAAUAAAGUCUACAGUACACAGGAGGAAGCUGACCGCCGUCUGCAGAUCUUCCAUGAGAACCUGAAGAUUGCGGAGAAGCUCCAGUCUUUGGAUCAAGGCUCUGCGGAGUAUGGUAUCACUAAAUUCAGCGACCUCACUGAGGAAGAGUUUCGCUCGACAUACCUGAACCCGCUGCUCAGUCAGUGGACGCUUCAGCGACCAAUGAAACUGUCUGCUUCUCCACGAGGGCCCGCCCCUACCAGUUGGGAUUGGAGGGAUCAUGGAGCAGUCAGCCCGGUAAAAAACCAGGGUAUGUGUGGAUCUUGUUGGGCAUUUUCUGUCACGGGUAACAUCGAAGGCCAGUGGUUUCUGAAAAAUGGAGCAUUGCUGUCAUUGUCGGAACAAGAACUGGUUGACUGUGACGGGCUGGACCAGGCGUGCAGAGGCGGGUUGCCGUCAAAUGCCUAUGAAGCGAUUGAGAACCUUGGCGGUCUGGAGUCAGAGAGCGACUACUCCUACAGCGGCCAUAAGCAGACAUGCGACUUUGCCAGCAAGAAGGUUGCUGCCUACAUCAACAGCUCAGUGGAGCUGUCCAAAGAUGAAAGUGAAAUGGCAGCUUGGCUGGCAGAGAACGGCCCCAUUUCUGUGGCUUUGAACGCCUUUGCCAUGCAGUUUUACAGGAAGGGCGUGUCCCACCCUUUUAAGAUCUUUUGUAACCCCUGGAUGAUUGACCACGCUGUGCUGCUGGUGGGAUAUGGAGACCGUAAAGGAAUUCCAUUCUGGGCUAUCAAAAACAGCUGGGGGGAGGAUUAUGGAGAGCAGGGUUACUACUACCUUUACAGGGGUUCCAAUGCAUGUGGAAUCAACAGGAUGGUAAUGUCACAGGCCACAAAACGCAAGCAUGUGGUCAAGGAGGUUCUUGGAGACUUUGUCACGCCAGCGGAGAAUCAGCAGAUUGUGAGGGUGACUGGUAGCCGUGGUAACAACCUCCAUGAAACAGUCACACAUCAGGGCCAGAUGUUUCUUGUGAGCAUGCCCACUAAAUUCCGCAAGAACAUUUGGAUCAAGAGAGGAGACUUUGUGAUUGUGGAUCCAAUCGAGGAAGGCGAGAAGGUAAAGGCAGAAAUCAGCUCCAUUCUCUACAAAGAUCACAUUGAGUACCUGCAAAAGUGCCAUCUGUGGCCUGAGGGCUUCACCAAGGAAGACCAGACUAAUCAGAAGCCUUAUCAGAAAGACCAGACUGAGAAAGAGGAGGAAGAAGAAGACAGUGCUAGAGAGUCUGAGGACGACGAAACUGAUCUCUUUGUGAACACCAACCGCAAUACCUACCAGUACAGCGAGAGCGAGGAGGACGAGGACAUUGAAGAGGGAGAGGGACAGACCGACUCUUAGUUGCAUUGGUGAACACACUUGCAGCUUCCUUACGGACUUGUUGGACGCUGUAAAAGCUGGACUAUUUCUGGAUGUAAAUGUCGGCCCAGAGAUGCCUACAUUAAACCAUUUUUAUUACCGUAGAUGUUCGGAAACAUUUCCACAUUAUAUAUGGGCUUAUAAACAUUAUGGAGAUUGAAUGAAAUAAAUAAGUCUUUAAAUGGUGAAUUAAAUGUGUCAUGAAUGAAUUAAAAUCAGAAUUAAAUACGUCAA